UUUACAGGAGGUAUGUGUCAUUUUUCUUUAAAUGAACUGGAGAGAAAAAUGAAAAAAAUAUCAACGGUUCAAUCAACAGACCAAGCUCAUUGCUAUUCGUCUUCUACCUCUCUCUCAUGGCGCUCCAGCUUGCUAUCACUAUCUCAAGCUUCAACCAUCUUCCACGAAGAAUUCAGGGCAAGUGCGCACUGCAAUGUGGUGCAAAGGAAACUGCAAAGUACUCCAUUGUCAAAACCGAAGGAUCUCUGUGAAGAUGUUUUUUCUUUGUCAAAGGCUUGCACCAGUGUUCCAAUUAGAUGCACAAUGUUCACAAGUGCUGUCUUAGCAAAUUUGGUUGCAACACAUGCUGCAGAUGCUGUGACCAUGGAAAACAUGAUGGAUUUUUCUAGUGCUGUCUAUACUUUAGCUGAUGGAAGCGUUGGAGAUAUUUUUGGUGGCCUUCUGUAUUCUGCUGGUCAACAAGCUAAUGAAGCUGUUCAGGGCCAGUUGACUGCUCUUAGUUUCACCAGUGUGGCCACUAUUUUUGGUGCAGGGCUUGUAACUAGUCUUUCACCUUGUACACUCAGUGUGCUGCCUCUCACCCUUGGUUAUAUUGGGGCUUUUGGCUCUGGGAAAAGCAGAGUAGCGGUUGUUGGGGAUUCAAUUGCAUUUGCCCUGGGAUUGGCAACCACGCUAGCACUGCUGGGCAUUGCAGCUGCAUUUGCUGGAAAGGCAUAUGGGCAAAUAGGACAAGGGCUGCCUGUGGCUGCUUCUUUUUUAGCUAUUGUUAUGGGUUUAAACCUGUUAGAGGUAAUAGAGUUACAACUUCCCUCAUUUUUCGACAACUUUGAUCCUCGAUCAGCAGCGGCUAGCUUUCCUUCAAGUGUUCAAGCUUAUUUGGCUGGUCUUACAUUUGCCUUAGCUGCAUCACCAUGCAGUACACCAGUACUAGCAACCUUGCUCGGCUAUGUAGCUACUUCUCGGGAUCCAAUUAUUGGGGGCAGCUUGCUAUUGACAUACACAACUGGCUAUGUUACUCCCUUACUACUUGCUGCCUCUUUUGCUGGAGCAUUGCAGAGUAUACUUUCAUUCCGCAAGUUCUCAGCAUGGAUCAAUCCAGUCAGUGGUGCGCUACUAUUAGGUGGGGGUGUCUAUACCUUUCUCGACAAGCUUUUUCCAGUGACAAUGGCUAUGUAGGCUAAUCAGCUAUUCAAAUAGCAACAGCUGGAAUGGGGAUGAGCUUUACCUGCUUCUUCUUACUGUUUGAGUUGCUUAUGCUCAGGCAAAGCAUCAUUGAGUUACAUAGAGCAAAGUUUCAAAUGAAUGAGCAAGCAAAGGUACGAUGUAUAUGUGGGAUCUGUAACUUUAACUCCUACAACAAGUUGUAGAAGGUAGAAAAUGUUGAUUGAUACGUAUUGGAUGCACUUCAGUUAGAAUUAAGGAACAAUAGGAUCAUAUAUGUAUGAGAACGUAUAGCUUUUGUGUAAAGAUAAUGUUGUAUGAUCAAUAGAACCUUUAUUUCAAUGCAUGGAUGGCUUCUGAUAA